CGACGUCCAAUGAACGCUUUCCUGAUAUUCUGUAAGCGCCAUAGAAGUAUGGUGAGAGAAAAGAACCCUGAUUUAGAUAAUCGGAGUGUGACAAGAAUAUUAGGUGAUUUGUGGGCUAAUUUAGCAGAAGAGAAAAAGUCUGUGUAUACAACUUUAGCUAAACAGUAUAAAGAUGCCUUUAUGAAAGCUAACCCAGAUUACAAA